AUGGAGGCCGCAGCAGCAGCAGCCGUGGCUCUCAGGUCGCCCGCCGCCGCGCCCUCGCGCCGGGCCGCCGCGCCCUCGCGCCGGGCCGCCGCCGCCAGCUCGCUCCCCUUCGAGCGGAGCCGCAGCUUCGCCCUCGGCUCCAUCAAGGGCCUCGGGCGGCGGCAGCUCACUUCCAGGAGGCUACGCAGCGUGGUCAGGGCAUCCUCCUCGUCCCCGUCGGAGUCUCUGCCAUCUUCUUCGCCGAUCGCCCCGCUGCAAAUGGAGUCGCCGGUAGGGCAGUUCCUCUCGCAGAUUUUGGUCACGCACCCGCACCUGCUCCCGGCCGCCGCCGAGCAGCAGCUCGAGCAGCUCCAGACCGUCCAAGACUCUGCAGAAAAGAAGGACGCGCAGGCACCGCCGGCAGCCGGCGAUAUCGUGCUGUACAGGCGAAUUGCCGAGGUUAAGGAGAAGGAAAGGAAAAGGACCAUGGAGGAGAUACUGUACGCGCUGGUUGUUCAGAAGUUUGUUGAAGCUGGCGUCUCUUUGGUCCCAGCUCUCUCUCACUCCAUCGAUACCUCUUCUGGUAGAGUAGAUCAGUGGGCAGAGCAUGUGGAAGGGAAGCUUGAGCGUUUGCACUCACAUGAAGCAUAUGAAAUGAUCGAGAACCACUUGAAUCUCAUAUUGGGGCAGCGGCAAGCCGAUGGCACUGUCGCGGCCAUAAGUAAGCUCCGAGUUGGCCAGGUCUAUGCCGCAUCAGUAAUGUAUGGCUACUUCCUCAAGAGAGUUGACAAGAGGUUUCAGCUGGAGAAGUCGAUGAAGAGCCUCCCUUGGGGAUCAGAAGACGAUGCGCUCAAUCAAGUUAUGACGACUGACUCACGGCUCUCGGAUCAGACUUACAGUUCCCAUCCAGAGGUGGAGUCGUGGACUUCCCCAGACCUCAGCGCAGGAGGUCUCGGCCAGUCUGUCAAGCCUUCCCGUCUUCGAUCGUACGUCAUGUCAUUUGAUUCAGACACGUUGCAAACUUACGCGACAAUUCGGUCGAAGGUGGCGUUUGGCAUCAUCGAGAAGCACACGGAGGCGCUAUUCGGGAAGCCGGAGAUCGUGAUCACCCCGGAAGGAACAGUCGAUUCUUCCAAGGAUGAGUAUGUCAGGAUAAGCUUCUCCGGGUUGAGAAGGCUCAUCUUAGAGGCUGUCACUUUCGGAUCCUUCCUCUGGGACGUUGAGAGCUAUGUGGACUCCAGGUACCAUUUUGUCACCAACUAA